UGAACAACAGCAACGACCACAACAACAACAACAACAACAAAAACAAUCGAUAUUUCCAAACAAUCAAAUGGCUGAUGUUCAAAGUAGACCAAUCAAUAUUGGUAGUAGCAAAUCACCAACACCAGAACCAUCAAUGAAGAAUCAUCGAAGAGAUGAAGAAUUUUGUGAACAUGCUUACAUUGUCUAUAAUCCUCGAUUAAAUACUAUAGCCUUGUCACGUACAUUGAAUGAAUUGGUUCGACCAGAUUCAACCAUCAUCUAUAAAGUGGAUGAAACAUCAAAUAAUGAAGAUAAAAUACGUAUCAAAAGCCGUAAUAAUAAUGGAUCUAUAGAUGAAAGUAAAAAAAAAAGUGCAAUAUCAAAAAGUUUACGAUCUGAUUAUUUCAUUGUCAAUAGUAAUCUUUUGCUUAAAGAUUGUCAAAAUGAUGAUGCUGGUGGUGAACAUAUUAAAUCAUCAUUAUCAUUAACAAUGACUGACAACAUCAUGCCAGAUCAAAAGAAACCGUUGGCAAUGGUGGCAACAAAGAAUGAUGAUACUAAUGAAACAGUUCAUGUCAAUGAUCAAACAGUUUUUGUUUAUUCAACUAAAGUUCCAACAAGUCUUAAGAAUCAAUGGACAACGACAACGGCCACCAUUCCAACGAAAUCAAUUUCAAGUAAACGAUCCAUCGUUGUUGAAGAGCGAGCAAAACAUGGAUAUUCAUUCGAAAAAAAUAGCAAAAAUUCUCGAUCAUCAUCUGGUCAUGAACGAUCAUCAUCACGUGAAAGCUCUGAAGACAGUGAUGGUAAUGAUGAUGAUGUGUUGUUUGUAAGACAAAGAAAUCGCUACCAUCGAUCAUUAUCGCGUAAACUAAAAUCUUCAAGAAUUGGCCAUCAAAAAAGAAAAUCGAUGAAACAUGAUCGUCGUCUCAAGUCGACGUACAUUAACAAAAAACGUAGAAAAUCCAAUCGAGAAAAGAGACGAAAACGAUAAAUAAUUUGCGUAAAAAAAAAGAAAAUUUAUUCUUCAAUGAAUACAGUGAAAUUUUUAAAAAAAUUAAAUUUUCAACUAGUCAUCUCUUC